GAGGAUUGAAGGUGCUAAUUCCAACGUCUUCUCCAUGUUCGAGCAGGCCCAGAUCCAGGAAUUCAAAGAGGCAUUCACCAUCAUGGAUCAGAACCGGGACGGCUUCAUCGACAAGGCGGAUCUGAGAGACACAUUUGCUGCACUCGGGCGCCUGAAUGUGAAAAAUGAGGAGAUCGAUGAGAUGAUAAAGGAGGCGCCCGGCCCAAUCAACUUCACCGUGUUCCUCACCAUGUUUGGGGAGAAACUCAAGGGUGCUGACCCAGAGGAGACGAUCCUGAAUGCGUUCAAGGUGUUUGAUCCAGAGGGGAAAGGGCGCUCUCUUGUUCGCAGCAUCAAAGAAAUGCUGAUGACGCAGGGUGAGAGGUUUUCCCAGGAAGAGAUUGAUCAGAUGUUCGCAGCCUUCCCUCCAGACAUGUCGGGCAACCUGGAUUACAAAAACCUUGUCCAUGUCAUUACGCAUGGCGAAGAGAAGGACUAG